GAUCACGUAGUGAUCUUUCUCAAAAGAAUGCUAAAGCAACUUAAAAAGUUGAUAUUGAGCUGGUAGUGCAGGUGACAGAUGCUCAGCAUCUUUGGCCUAAAGACAAAGUUGUCAAGCUCAACUCCCUGAAUUGGAGAGCUUCAUCCAAUAAGUCUCUAAACCCCCAGAAGGCAGCAAUUUCCCGACGCCGAAACCUCGAAAGACCUAGAGACUUGCAAGUUUAACAUCUGCACAUACAGACAUGAGAAUCUAAUCUUUCCAGCAGCAAUCUUUCGUGGGAUAUGGAAGCAUACAAUUGAAGUACUAUUGUAGUUGCCUAACUUCAGCUAAAUACGCCUCCAGCAUCAGCAAGCUCUGAACUAGCAGUGGUUCUGUGGAAAAAUAUUACAGCACCAUGACUACGCCAGUCCCUCCACACACCCAAGAAGAUUAUAAGUUGAAACACACGAAACCUCAGCUCGGGGAACGAUGGCCACAUGGAGGUGUCCGAGGUGGGGGCGGAUGGAUCACGAGCGAAAGAGCCUCAAGCACCUACGACCUUGUCGAACAGAUGUAUUAUCUCUACGUGCGCGUCGUGAAAGCCAAGGAUCUUCCCCCGAAUCCUAUCACAGGAAGCUGUGACCCAUAUGUCGAAGUGAAGCUCGGGAAUUACAAAGGCAAGACGAGGCACUUUGAAAAGAGGGCAAACCCAGAAUGGAAACAGGUUUUCGCCUUCUCCAAAGAAAAGAUCCAGUCCUCGGUUCUUGAAGUAUUCAUCCGGGACAAAGAAAUGGUCGGGCGAGAUGAUUACAUAGGCAAGGUGGUGUUCGACAUGAAUGAAGUGCCGACUAGAGUUCCACCAGACAGUCCUCUGGCACCUCAGUGGUACAGGUUGGAAGAUCGGCGAGGAGACACCAAGGUGAAAGGAGAAGUUAUGCUUGCGGUUUGGAUGGGAACGCAAGCUGACGAAGCCUUCCCUGAGGCCUGGCAUUCAGAUGCAGCAUCAGUCCAAGGAGAGGGAGUAUAUAAUAUUCGGUCCAAGGUUUAUGUUUCCCCUAAACUGUGGUAUGUCAGGGUGAACGUGAUCGAAGCUCAGGAUGCGGAGGCCCAUGACCGAGGCCAAGUGCCGCAAGCUUUUGUGAAAGCACAAGUCGGACACCAGAUUCUCAAGACCAAGCUCUGUCCUAACAGGACGACAAAUCCAUUUUGGAACGAGGACCUGCUAUUUGUUGCAGCAGAGCCUUUUGAAGAGCAGUUGGUGCUAACAGUUGAAAAUAAAGUAACCCCUGCUAAGGAUGAAGUCAUGGGCAGAUUGAUAUUGCCACUAACCAUCUUCGAGAGGCGCCUGGAUCACCGGCCAAUUCAUUCGCGCUGGUUCAACCUCGAGAAAUUUGGUUUUGGUGCCCUGGAAGCAGAUAAAAGGCACGAACUCAAGUUUUCAAGCAGGAUACAUCUGAGAGUCUGUCUUGAAGGUGCCUACCAUGUGUUGGACGAGUCCACCAUGUACAUCAGCGACCAGCGGCCGACGGCACGACAGCUGUGGAAGCACCCUAUUGGCAUACUUGAAGUGGGUAUUCUAAGCGCUCAAGGGCUUCUUCCCAUGAAGACAAAGGACGGCCGAGGAACCACCGAUGCCUACUGCGUUGCCAAGUACGGACAGAAGUGGGUGAGAACAAGGACUAUCCUCGAGAGUUUGAGCCCGAAAUGGAAUGAGCAGUAUACAUGGGAGGUCUAUGACCCCUGCACUGUGAUCACACUGGGAGUUUUUGACAACUGCCACUUGGGUGGGAACGAGAAAUCGGCAGGUGGUGGCGGGGCAAAAGCUGAUUCAAGAAUUGGGAAGGUAAGGAUUCGGCUAUCGACCCUCGAAACGGACCGAAUAUACACUCACUCCUAUCCGCUGCUUGUCCUCCACCCGUCGGGGUUGAAGAAAAUGGGAGAGCUCCAAUUGGCGGUUCGAUUCACCUCUCUUUCACUCGCGAAUAUGAUCUACCUCUACAUGCAACCUUUGUUGCCCAAGAUGCACUAUCUGCUUCCAUUUACAGUUAACCAGCUCGACAGUUUGCGGUACCAGGCCAUGAACAUUGUAGCAGUGAGGCUUGGCAGGGCAGAGCCGCCACUCAGGAAGGAGGUGGUGGAGUACAUGCUGGACGUGGAUUCCCACAUGUGGAGCAUGAGAAGAAGCAAGGCUAACUUCUUCCGCAUUGUCUCGCUCUUCUCCGGCGCCAUAUCUAUGAGCAAGUGGCUAGGUGAAGUCCGCCACUGGAAGAACCCCGCCACGACAGUCCUGGUUCACGUCCUGUUCUUCAUAUUGAUAUGCUAUCCGGAACUAAUACUCCCCACGAUUUUCCUGUACAUGUUUCUGAUCGGGAUAUGGAACUAUAGAUUCCGGCCAAGGCACCCGCCUCACAUGGAUCCAAAACUAUCGUGGGCAGAAGCGGUCCAUCCAGACGAGUUAGAUGAAGAGUUCGAUACUUUUCCUACAUCCAAGCCUCAAGAUGUGGUGAGGAUGAGGUAUGACAGGCUCAGGAGCGUGGCUGGGAGGAUACAGACUGUGGUGGGCGACAUGGCCACGCAAGGGGAAAGAUUUCAGGCCCUUCUCAGCUGGAGAGACACAAGAGCGACCAGCCUCUUCAUACUUUUCUGCCUCGUUGCAGCUGUGGCCCUCUACAUAACUCCGUUUAAGAUAGUGGCCUUGGUCGCGGGCAUAGUCUGGCUUCGGCAUCCAAGAUUCAGGAGCAAGCUUCCUUCAAUCCCCAGCAACUUCUUCAAGAGGUUGCCGUCUCGGGCUGACAGCAUGCUCUGAGCUGAGGAGUUCACACACAAACAAUCAGGGCCAGUAGUCCACAUUUGUUAUCUACUCCGAUUCUAUUUCGGAGUUGUACUUGUCCAGUUCAUUACCAAAGUGUUUUCAC